GCUUUUAUUGCUCUACUGUUUUAUGCACCUUUUCUGUACCCUUUUUCAUCAGGUGAACCCCUUCUUUGAACAAUCUCAAAUAAAAAAAAUGGGUAAGUGGAAUUAUAGAAGGAGAUGGACUCCGAAGAAUUAUUAUCGCGAUCAAAGAAUACCAUCGCCCCCUACAUAUUACGAUACUGAGUUUAAAUUUCGUGGAGCUUGGAAGAAUGAGGAGCUACCAUGGGAAGAAAGAUUCUGCCUUUCAGUAGGAAUCCCAUGGGAAAAGAUUGUGAAUGCUAAAAACUACAUGAACUGCUAUGACAAUGUGAUAAACUGGAAUGAUUCAGCUGGUGAAGCAUCAUUUUCUGAAGCCAAGAACCGAUUUUGGGCAAAAAUUAAUGAAAUCCCAAUUGACAAAUCUCAACCUAAUCCUGAUCCAGACAUGUAUAACCAUCAUGACAUUGAUUGGAAUCCAGAGAUUGAUCUUGAAUUAAUCAAGGAUUUGGAUCGAGCAUAUUUCAACCCUGAUGAGCCACAAAAAGUUGAAACUCUUGAUGGGAUUAAGAGCAAUAAUGACGGUUUCGUCCCUGGAUGUAUUAUAGGAUUGAAUGAAAUGAAUAAAGGUAGUGAGAAUCCUUGGGAACGUAGUAAAAAUGAUAAAAUCAACGGUUGGGAUUCUUUUAAUAACUCUGUAAAUAAGAAUAUAGAUCCUUGGGAGAGAGGAGUUACUCAAGAAGAUAGAGAAAUAAAGGAUUGUGGAUGGGGUGGUGUGAGUGGCUCAUGGCACAAUGACAUGAUGACACGUGGAGGUGGAGCAAAUAAGUCAUGGAAAAGGGUAGAUGAUAAUUCUAAAAACUCGUGGGGAAAUAAUAGAAAUAGUCAAAGAUAUGAACACAAUGCAUAUGUUGGCACUUCACAAGGAACACAAAGAGGAAAUAACAGGGGUAAUUUUGGUAGAGGUCAACAUAAUGGAAGUGGUUGGGAUUCUAAAAUUGGUUCCCUAAAAAGGGAAGGUUCUCAACAGUAUACAUCAACUUACAAAAGUGCUAGACUUCAAUAUGAUGAUUAUAGGGCUAGAGGUAAUCAGUAUCGAAGGUGAGAUACAUAUAAUAGAAAGUUAUGAUUUUUAAUAUUUUUUGAAUCGCUUUUGUUAUAUGCGAUAUUAUGUAAAAACUAGCACGUGACACCCU